UGUCACGAGAUCCAUCAGCAUGAGAAACAGGAAGGGAAUGGCUAACUCUAAAAAACGAUGAUGCGAGUACAAUAAAAGGGACGACAUUGAAACUAGUGGUGUGCCAAAUCACAGAUUAUAGUUUUUUUUUUCUGAAUACGAUUUUUACUCAAUUCCGUAUGUUACCGACAUGGCAAAAACUCCGUGGAUUAUUAUUUUAUCAGUCAUUCUCCGGUCAUCUCAGGUGAUCGGUCAAGAGGCAAUCUUGCACAUCUCAAAUGGAGCCACAGAUAAAGAAUACUGCCUGGUCUACAACUCCUUAUGGACCAACCUGUCACUCUCACUCAGCGCUGCUACUGCGUAUCCUCUGGUGAACCUGUCGUCCAGGCAACUGUGUAGCUCUGCAGGGGUGAGCCCAGACAUAGUGAGAGGCAAGGCGGUGGUGGUCAUGAGUGGGGAGUGUAACAUCAGCCAGAAGGCUGUGGUAGCCCAAGACCUGGGGGCUGCUGCUCUGAUCGUUGCCAGCACUAAAUCUAUGAGUCCCCCGGGAGCCAAUGUGACAGAGUAUGAGAAGGUCCAGAUUCCGCUGGCUCUGAUGAGAUACAUGGACUUCCUGGACGCACAGAAUGUGUUUGGUGAGGAGAUGCAGGUUAGGCUGUAUGCCCCGGCGGUGCCUGUGUUUGAUGUCAGCAUUGUGGUCAUGCUUCUCAUAGGAGUGGUGACUGUUGCUCUGGGAGGCUACUGGAGCGGAGCCUGUGAGAGAGAGAGGCUGAGUGCGUCUCGAGGAGGAGGUGGAAGAGGAGGAGGAGGAGGAGAGGAGAAGAGUGACAGUGGGGACUUGGCUCUGUACUCUCCCCUAAAGGUGGUCAUUUUUGUAGGUCUGAUGUGUCUGAUGCUGGUACUCAUGUACUUCUUCUACAAGUACCUGGUGUAUGUGAUCAUCGCCAUAUUUUGCCUAGCGUCAGCCACCGCCCUCUUCAGCUGUCUGGACGCCCUGUUGGACCUGGCCAAGUGUAGCCCCAUGAGUGUGACGGUCCUGGGUGGGAGUGUAUCUGUGAGGUCGGUGCUGCUGUCUGCUGUGUGUGUCACCGUAGCCGUGGUCUGGGGAGUCUACAGGAACGAGGACAGGUGGAUCUGGAUCCUACAGGACCUCCUGGGUGUGGCCUUCUGUCUCAACUUCCUAAAGACCAUCUCACUGUCCAACUUCAAGAUCUGUGUGAUCCUGUUGAGUCUGCUGCUGUUGUAUGAUGUGUUCUUUGUCUUCAUCACUCCUCUGUUCAUGCCGAAUGGGGAGAGCAUCAUGGUCCAAGUGGCCCUGGGUCCAGAUGCAGCAGGAGAGAAGGGUAACACGGUGGAGGUGCCAGCCGAACCCUCGACUCCAUAUGAGAAACUCCCGGUAGUGAUGCGUGUUCCACGGUUCUCCGCUUGGACACAGAACCUGUGUGGCAUGCAGUUCUCCAUCCUGGGCUAUGGGGACAUCAUUGUACCAGGUCUUCUUGUGGCCUAUUGCAGCAGGUUUGAUGUGUGGGUCAACAGCCCCAAGAAGAUCUACCUUUUCUGCUGCUGCAUAGCCUACCUGUGUGGUAUGGUUUUGACGUUUGCGGUGAUGUUGGUGACUAAGAUGGGGCAGCCAGCCCUGCUCUACCUGGUUCCAUUCACCCUGCUAGAAUCUGCUCUGCUGGCCUGGAGGAGAGGGGAGAUGAGGCAGUUCUGGAACGGGACAACCUACGAGGUGUUGGACUCCACCAGGGAACCCUUACUGCCAGACCAGCUGUACCCGACGUGGUCACUAGAUGUCACUAGAGUCCUGGAAAUGCCAGAUUUCACUCUAGCUUGGACACACACACAUUUAGAUGGAACACCUGACGAUGGCAGCGGAGGAGGAAAGUGCUGACUACAACUGAUCUAGGAGCCAACUAACAAACCAAACGCAGGGGCUCUUUUCUACUCUUCAAAUCAAGCAUCUAGUUUAUCAUCCAUGGGAUGCAAGGGAAAUACUAUAGCUAGUCUAUCAAUCAAUAAGAAUUUAUACUGGGGAGGGGUAAGGGGUCAGGGGUGGGUUAGGGGUAUUGAUUGUACAGUGUGGGUCUCUGUUGAUUGGACAGUGAGACAGUUUAAUUGGAGAGGCUUACUAGUGGCUAAGAACUAUAAUAUUAAAAUGAUGCCUAAACUGUGUUGCCUUGGUAAAAGAUACAAGUGAUUUAUUGAGAAAGCACUUUAAUACUCAUGUUGGCAGGUUUUGGGGGAUUUUAAAUUCAAAGUUAAACUGUAGGUGAAGAUAGAUUUUUUUGUAUUUUCUUUGAUAACAGCUGUUCUGGGGUUUUCUGUAUAACUUGUUUGUUGUAUUGAGAAACACAAUCUUUGAUUGCUUUUGUUGCCUUAAAUUAGUCCAAUCUGA